GUGUUUUAGUGUUUUGAUGUUGUUGUGUUGUUGCUCGUGAUCGUUGGAGGACGUUGCAGAGAGCUUUUCCGGCAGGACUGCAGGAAGCUUUUUAAAGAGAAGCACUCUGCAGACUCUCAGAGGGUCUAAUGGAGUCCUGACGGUCCUCUGGAGCCUCAUCCAUGAUGAUCAGACAUCUUCAUCCAUCAUCAACGUUUCCCUUCAGCUCUAAUCCGUCUCAUGACAUCCUGAAACUAUAUAGAAUAAUGUUAGAUAUACACGUGUGUGUGUGUGUGUGUGUGUGUGUUCCUUAUAAAGUUCCUGCCCCCCCUUUGGGUUUCUUGGAUGGGGUAAUAAAGGUGGGGUCUUCAUGGACAGGGUCUAAUGUGGAUCCACGUCAGGUUUGGGUCAGUGAGUUUUAUUAGAGACGGAGGAUCAGUCUGGGUCUUUAAGUCUGGUUCUGGUCUGAGUUAGUUCUGAAGACUCUGGAUCAUAUUGUUAACAUAUUAAUAUGUUCACAAGUUGAUAUGUCAAUAUAUUAAUUUAUAUAUACAUACAUAUAAAUACAUAUAAAUAUAUUAACAUGUUAACAUGGGGCUCUAUGGCGGCUGAAGCUCUGCAGGACACAGCCUCUAGUGGACACUCAGGGAACUGCAGUAUUUGGGGCGUUGGUUUUUGUCUCUCUGUUUCCUGAAAACUGCUGCAUGUUGGUCCUCCUUUUCUUCACCUUCUUCAUUCUGAGAGCCUCCUCCCCCUCUUCCUCCUCUUCCUCCUCCUCCUCCUCUUCCUCCUCCUCUUCCUCCUCUUCCUCCUCCUCCCCCUCUUCCUCCUCCUCUUCCUCCUCUUGGUGGUUUGCCAGCAGAUCAUGGAGUGCCACCACAUUCCUGGUUGGCCCUCUUGUCUGAUCACAGCUGAGGUUCAGACAUGAUCCAGAGCCGCCUGCAGAGAAGAGACCCACACUGACCGCCAAAGGCUGAGGCGGCGAGGGCGGCGAGGAGGGGAACUUCAUUUCUAACCUCUGCUGAUGUGAAAAGCAGCUCCUGUCAGAGUGGAGACAGAUGGUCCUGUGAUCAGGGCUCUCUGCCUGCUCUCGGCCCGUUUGGUUCUGGUUCUGUCUGUUGGAUCCAUCGCUCUUGUUCAUCUUCUCAGAUCAUCUUUCAGACGGUUCGGAAACACGGUUCCCGGUCUUUCCUCUGUUCUGUCUCAUAUCUGUGAGGAGUCUGUGCUGAGGCGGCGUCUCUCUAACGUCUGCAGAGCGCCGAGCUCCACAUUCAUCUCCUCCAUCUUUGGCUCGUAGUUCUGGAAAAUAACGACCCCAGAUGUUUGACGUUAGAGCUCCUUCGUUUUCAGCCUGAGAGUCAAUCCUCUGUCUGCAGCACACUUACGCUCUCUCUCCUGUAAACACCGUUAGCUCUGUGUGUGUGUGUCUGUGUGCGUGCGUGCGUGUGUAGACUCUUUGUUGCUCAGAUCUAGGUUCACGGACCUGCAGGUUUUUCUGGAUCCGAGCCCGUUUUGGAGGAUCAGAGAGAGCCAGCUUUCUUUACCUGAGCACACUCUAAUCCGUCUUAAUCUAAUAAUUGCUCCCAUAUUCAGCGUGUCUUGUUAAAGCUCAGCUGCAGGGGACGGCCGAGGCUCCGGAUCGCUGUGCACUCUGGGUAAUGAUAAUAGCGGUGGUUCCUUUCAUGGCUGGUGUUGUUCUCAGAGCUCCUCCUGUCAGCGGCUCGGGUUCCAUCAGGCGGCCCGUGUUUCAGCAGCAGACGGGUUUUUAUGAGUGGGUGUUGAAAGUGGGAGAGAGCGCCGGCCGUGUCUCUAUUUUAGGUCAGACUGACAGUUGUGAAGCGCGGAGCGGCGAGGGUGAUGAGAGACGAGCUCAUGUCUUCAUGCUCUGAAACAUGCAGGACUGACAUGAACACGCCAACACGCCAACAUGGACGACGGUGACAGGAGAGGGUUCAGAAACUAAAACCUGCGGCGACCCUCAGACUGAUUUAGAGUCUGAGAGGAAUCUUCUCAUCAAACUGGAGCUGCUGAUGUUCUCAUGUUCCCCGAGGAUGAAGUCUCGUCAGCUUUACAGAUUUAUUCUCAUCCGCAGCAGGUCAGGAUCCAGUUCAGUUUGGUGAACAUCACCAGUUUAAGAAGAACUGGGACGCUCUGAUGAACUGGAUCUGAUGGUUUUCAGAUCAGACAGAAUAUGAUUAUUUUAAUGACCCUAAAUGAGAAACCCUGAAGCUGUGAGAGACCGCGUGAGUCAACAGUCCAAGAGUUUCAGAAUAAAGUUCCUGCUGAUGUCUUUUCCUGUCUGUGGUAGACUGGAGUUUUAUACUGGUGCUCCUCUGGGCUGAACUGGUCCCAGUCCUCGGUGUCAGCCUGGUUCUGGUUCUCAGGAUAGCAGACUAACUGACAGGAUAGCAGACUUUCUCAGGUUGUUCGAUAAUAAAACACUUCUCUAUGUGAAAUAUUGAUAUAAUUGGCUCUACCUGACUGUUUAUAUAUUUAAUUACAGACCAUUUUAUUUACAGACUGUGUCAUUUACAGACUGAUUUAUUUACAGACUGUUUCAUUUACAGACUGUUUUGUCUACAGACUGUUUUAUUUACAGACUUUUAUAUACACUGUUUCAUUUACAGACUGUUUCAUUUACAGACUGAUUUACUUACAGACUGUUUCAUUUACAGACUGAUUUAUUUAAAGACUAUUUCAUUUACAGACUGUUUUAUUUACAGACUUUCAUUUACAGACUUUCAUUUAAAGACUGUUUCAUUUACAGACUGAUUUAUUUAAAGACUGUUUCAUUUACAGACUGUUUCAUUUACAGACCAUUUUAUUUACAGACUGUGUCAUUUACAGACUGUUUUAUUUACAGACUGUUUUAUCCACAGACUGUGUCAUUUACAGACUGUUUUAUUUACAGACUUUUAUUUACACUGUUUCAUUUACUGACUGUUUCAUUUACAGACUGAUUUUCAGACUUUCAUUUACAGACUGAUUAAUUUAAAGACUGUUUCAUUUACAGACCGUUUUAUUUACAGACUGUUUCAUCUACAGACUGUUUCAUUUACAGACUGAUUUAUUUACAGACUGUUUCAUUUACAGACUGUUUUAUUUACACUGUUUUAUUUACAGACUGAUUUAUUUACAGACUGUUUCAUUUACAGACUGUUUUAUUUACAGACUGUUUUAUUUACAGACUAUUUAUUUACAGACUGUUUCAUUUACAGACUGUUUUAUUUACAGACUGUUUCAUUUUCAGACUUUCAUUUACAGACUGUUUUAAUUACAGACUUUCAUUUACAGACUGUUUUAUUUACAGACUGUUUUAUUUACAGACUGUUUUAUCUACAGACCGUUUUAUUUACAGACUGUUUUAUCUACAGACUGUUUUAUCUACAGACUGUUUUAAUUACAGACUGUUUUAUCUACAGACUUUCAUUUACAGACUGUUUUAUCUACAGACCUGUCUCUUUUUCUCUCUGAAUAUUUUUUGUUAACUGGAGGAAUUCACACAGAUGGUCUGAAGAGUCUCAACAACAUCCUGUUCAAACAAUCCAUCAAGAUCCGCGCACAGACGGCGGCGAGCUGCAGCCUCGCACCAAAGGAGAGAGAGAGAGAGGGAUAGAGAGAGAGAGAGAGAGAGGGAGAGGGAGAGAGAGAGAGGAGGAGAGGUUAGAGAAAGGACGAGGGAGAGAGCGAUAGGGAGGGAAAGGGAGGUAGAGAGAGAGUGGGAGAGUACAAUGAGCUGUGGCACGCAACACACACACACACACACACACACACACACACACACACACACACACACACACAGGAGGUGUUUCCUCUAACCUCAUGAUGAUGGAGGUCAGGUGAGGAAAUGCUUUACACAGAGACCGACAUCCACACAGACUGAAGCCCCGCCUCCUCCAUGCUCUCUCUCUCUCUCUCUCUCUCUCUUACACACACACACAUGCACACGCACACACACACACACACACACUGUAAGAGCAGACAUUAAUAACCGAUUACAGAGUUGAACUCGCCCUGACACAGACUUAGAGAAACUGUUUCAGUUAUUUCUGCUUCUUUGAGUCACUGAAGGAUGGAGGGCCCUGCAAAAUAAGAGACUGAGGAUCCUUCAAAAUAAGAGACUGAGGACCCUCAGGAUCCUUCAAAAUAAGAGACUGAGGACCCUAUAAAAUAAGAGAAUGAGGAUCCUUCAAAAUAAGAGACUGAGGAUCCUUCAAAAUAAGAGACUGAGGACCCUAUAAAAUAAGAGACUGAGGAUCCUUCAAAAUAAGAGACUCAGGACCCUUCAAAAUAAGUGAUAAGCUAAUUUUACUCCCACCCUUCAAAAUAAGAGGAUCUAAAAGGGAGAGUAAGAGAGAAAAAAAAACUCACAGAAACAGGAAGUCAGGGUUUCCCUCCGCCAAAAUAAAAGUCAGUACUGUGUUUUUUCUGACCACCAGAACCGUUUUUAGAAAACCCACAAACUCCUGAAGUUUGUGCUGAAAUCAGUGAAUUUGAUUUGAUGACAGUUUCAUAGAUGGGCCUGAUCAAACAUAGAAAUACUGUGAGACCACAGUCUGGGUUCAGACCGCUGACCCGAUAGUUCUACAGAGGACUGUGGGGGGGACACCCACACACACACACACAGGAACUGUGGGACUGAACCGGCUCAGUCCAGGGUCACCCUUCAGUCUGUGGACGGAUCAGAACCGGAUCACUGUGGACUCAGUCUGUAUUUCUAGAACUGAUGACAGUUUCUGUUGGCUGAUGGAGGGAAGAACUCACAGAAACAAGUCUGAGAGAAGUUUGUCGUCUUUGUGAGUCUUUAGAGAAGUUUGUCGUGUUUGUGAGUCUGUCAAAAGUUUGUCGUGUUUGUGAGUCUGUAGUGAUCCUCAGCUCUUCCCCUCCAGCGUCACCCUCCCUCCCUCCCUCAGACUGAACUCAGACUCUGAUUGGAUCGAUUUGCACUCACAGAGAAAAUCUGGCAGCAAACACAGUAAUGCGUCCGGAUGAGCAGCAUGAAAUAUUCAUCUUUCCUGCAUUAAAACAGUCGGCGUUUCCCUGAGAGGAUGAUGAAGGUGUGUUGGGGGGGUGGAGGAGACAGAAAGUAGGUUAAAGAUGGAGGAGGAAACUGCUGAGAGGGAGAAAUAGUGGCACGCCGGGAUCCUGCUGCUCGCCUCGCUGCACCGCCGACCCCAUUAAGAGAGACUGGAGUGCCAGCGCUGACAGGUUCAAGUCACAUUUAAGGAGAGUCGACAUCCAGGAUCUACGAUAAUGGUCUCAUCCUCAUCCUCCUCAUCCUCAUCCUCCUCAUCAUCAGAGGACUGUAGUGUCUGUGUGAAAGAUCAGCAAGAAGAAGGAUUAUUUUAUACUUUUGUAUUUUAUUUUAUUUAAAUUUACUAACAUUUAAUUAUUGUUGUUUGUUUUGUUUUGGUAAAAAUAAUAAUAUAUUUUAUUUUUUAACUUAUUUAUUUUUUUCUAUUAUUUUUUUUAUUAUUGUCAUUUAGUUUUAAUUGAAUUUGUUUUUAUUUUAUUUAUUUCUUUAAUUACUUUUUUGUUAUUUUACUGAAUUUUAUUUCAAUUCAUUUCAAUCCUCCUCCCCUCCUCCUCUCCUCUCCUCCUCUCUUCCUCUCCUCCUUCUCCUCCUCCUCUCCCUCUCCUCCUCCCUCUCCUUCUCCUCCUCCUCCUCUUCUGCAGCUGGGACAGAGGUGAUGAAGAGGAGGAGGAGGUGGUGAAGGAUUGAUGGAGUGGGGUGGGGGGGUUCAUAGAGAGAGGAAUGACUUUGGCUGAUCUUCAUCACUCCGCUUUAUUUCAUAUUAGUGACAGAUCCUUUGAACACACACACACACACACACACACACACACACAGGUGUAGGUGUGUUUGAUGAUGAAGAUGAUGAAGCUGUCAGACUGAUUCAGACCCUCAGCAGCUGUUAGUAUGAACCACGUCCAUCUGCAGCUUUAAUGAAGUGACCUUCUCCAACCUCCUCCUCCUCCUCCUCCUCAUCCUCAGUUCACUUUAGUGUCGCUCUGAGCGCCCCCUGCUGGUCUGCAGAGUAGGAUCAGGUCUGUCUUUAAGUCCUCCUCCUCUACCUCAAAGCGCCCCCUGCUGGUCUGCAGAGGCGGAUCAGGUCUGUGUUUGAGUCCUCCUCCUCUCGGGGAACCAUUCAGGGCUGCAGACCAGCUCCUCAGACCACCAACUGCUGUGGAGGAGCAGGUCCAUCUGAUCUAAGAACCUCCAGGAGACGGUGACAUCAACAGAAGCUCUUCUCCUGUGGGAUGAUGAUGAUGAUAAUGAAGAUGAUGAUGAUGAUGAUGAUGAUGAUGACGACAAUGACGAUAAUGAUGAUGAUGAUUAUGAUUAUGACAAAGAUGAUGAUGAUGAUGAUGAUGAUGAUGAUGAUGAUGAUGAUGAUGAAGACUAUGAGGACAAUGAUGAUGAUGAUGACGACAAUGACGAUAAUGAUGAUUAUGACAAAGAUGAUGGUAACGAUGAUGAUUAUGAUGAUGAUGAUGAUGAAGAUGAUGAUGAUGAUGACAAAGAUGAUGAAGAUGAUGAUGAUGACAAUGACGAUAAUGAUGAUGAUGACUAUGAUGACAAUGAUAAAGAUGAUGGUGAAGAUGGCGGCCUCUGACUGACUCUUGGAUUCGCCGUCGUCCCCCCCCCCCCCCCCAUUCCAGCUGAGGUUAAAUAGAGCAGAAAACACGACUGUCUGUAAAACAUUCAAGUGUGCGUGACGAAGAGAGGGAAACAUGAGGUCACAUGACUCUGAGCCGUGAGGGCGACUCUUUGUGUGUGUGUGUGUGUGUGUGUGUGUGUGUGCGUGUGUAUAGAUCUUGUUUAAAAAUGAGGAUGCAGCAUCUAUGAUUUCUAAGUCAUCGUUGAAAGGACAUCUGGACUGUCCCACUCCAGAGUCCGGUCUGUUUUUAACGCCCUAAAGAUCAGAACCAACCAGUCCUGGUUCUGGUCCUUGUCUCCCUUUAGAGAUUUCUCCAGAUCCUCUGAUGAAGUUCUGAUGAAAUCCUCUCUUGGUUCUGAAACCCUGGCGGUCUCUCACAGAGCGGAGAUGAUCAGUGUUGAUCCAUGUCUCCUCUCAGUCCUGACUGCACCGGUUUUUCAGGGUCCUGAGGACUACAGUGACUCUGAAACCCGGUCCUCGGUUUCAGACUCUCUCACCUCCGUGUUGUUGGUUCUGAUGAUUUUACGACAGAAGAAUUCACGGCGAGCUGCUUUUUGUCCAAACAUCACAUUCCUCUCAGGGCGAAGAGCUCGCCAUGGCGAAGAAUUAAUGAGCGGAAAAAGCCGUAAAACUCUAACAGCUCGUCUCUGAUCCUCUCUCUCUCCCUCUCCCUCUCUCUCUCUCUCUCUCUCUCUCUCUCUCUCUCUCUCUCUCUCUCUCCGCAGUUCUGUCCAUCCAGGCCGUCUCCUUCCAGUUCACCAAGGAGCCAAAGUCCCAGGAUGCUUUGCACGGCCGCAGCGCCAUGCUGCGGUGUGAGGUCAGCGACCCCACCGACAUCACCUACGUCUGGUUCCACGACGGGCAGCGCCUUCAGAACGACGAGCGGCGCUUCCAGGAGGGCAGCAACCUGAAGUUCACGGCGGUGGACCGGCAGCUGGACGCCGGGAACUUCAAGUGUCGAGCGGAGAAACCGACCACGGGGGAGGUGCUCCUGUCCACCAACGCCUCCUUCAACAUCAAGUGUGAGUGUUUGAUUCGAGCCGCCAUCUUUACAGCUGACAGAGUUUCAGACCCACAGCGAGGGGGAGGGGCCGGGUUCUGCUUCAAAAGGAGGAGAAAACAAAGAUGGCGGAUCGGGUGACAGGAAUGUUUCUGCGGAGGAAACUCGACCUCUCCGCCAACAAACACCAGAUUCUUCUUUCUCUCUUUUCUCCUUUUUUUCACACACACACACACACACACACACACACACACACACACACACACACACACACACACACACACACACACACACACACACACUCUCUGAUGAAGUUCUUCUCCUUCAUUCACACUUUCAGCCUCAUUAGUGAGUCCUUCUUUCAGAGCCGGCCUCUUCGGUUUCAGCGCCGUCCAUGGGAACUUCUCCGGGGUUAAAAAACAACAUGGCGGUGUUUUGUUGGCGCCCUCAGGUUAAAGUCGGAGGAGCUUUUGUGUUUUUCAGAGCGGCUGAAAAAUGCCUCCAUCUGGAAUAAGUUGCAUCCAUCCGGAGUUUUUUUUCUCUCUUUGCGGUGAAGUUUCUGAUUCAGAGGCUGAUUACAGAAACAGAACCAGUGUCCGGACCUCCUGGAAGAAGGAGCAGAGACGGAUCUGAGCUCUGAGGUCUGAACGAUGACGUUGGUACGGCGACAGAACAGCAGGAUCUCGUCGUCCUCCUCUGUGUGAAGGGAGAGCUGCCCUCACAUGUUGUAAUUAAACAUGAUGAGGUUUGUCGUUCAGACUCCCACAGAUCAGAGGAACCAGUCAGACAUGAAGCUCCAGUUUGUCAGAGCUGACCCAGAAUAAACUGUUUGAUCUGCCAGGUCAGCGCCGUUCCCACGCAGCGCGCUCACACGUGUGUUUGUUCUGGAAGGAGACCAGAGUUUAUCUUCUCACCUCAAAUCAGAACCAGGAUUUGUUUGUAGAGGAGAGAGGAGGUUUCCAGUCCGUGUCACAGAACCAGAACUCGCUCUAACGCUGGACUUCCUCACAGUGGGGGGGGGGGCUGCUCCUGUCAGACACCCCCCCCCCUUUGUUUUACCCAUCUCCAUGGUGACAUGGCGUCCAGCAGAGGCGUCUCUGUAUCAUCAUGUAAACACGGACGCUCUGACGGCUGGGGGGCUGUUUCCAAGUGUAAGGGGUUUUUAUUUUUGGGGGGUCCAUCCCUGUGAGGCAGCCAGACUCAGACUGACAUGUCUAAACUCAUCAGAACCGACCCGACCCGACAGAAGUGGGUUUGAAAAACGUCUGAAAUGAAGGACAAAGUUCAACCGCUACGAGAAGCAGCUGCUGAUGACUUUGUCAGAACUUUGGUUCUGUUUGUCAGAACUUUGGUUCUGUUUGUCAGAACCUCGGUUUGGUUCUUCAGAACCUCAGUUUGGUUCUUCAGAACCUCGGUUCUGUUUGUCACGAUGGCGUUUUGUUAAAGCUGCUCAGAGACGUGUUUGAGAUGUUUCCACACACAUGUUCCUGUCAGUCAAAUCACAGCUGAGAGAACCUGAUCCACCUUCACUGCAGGGCUACAAAUGAUCUCAGUGAGUGACACACACACACACACACACACACACACACACACACACACACACACACACACACACACACACACACACACACACACACAGAGGUUGAGGUUAGUCUAAACAUCUGCCUCCUCCUCCUCCACCUCCUCAGGUUUCAUCCAUUAUCAUGAUGGUGCUGACGGAGUUUCCUCUUCAGUUCCAACAGAAUAAUGACGGCGCUCUAAUGACGGCGCCGCUGCUCCAACGCUCGCCGUGCGCUCCGACACGAUCGCUCAGAUAUUUGCUCUAAUAGCUGCAGAGAGAGAGAGAGGGAGAGGGAGAGAGAGAGGGAAAGAGGGAGAGAGAGAGAGAGCGCCUCCUGUCUGCAGAAACCCGAGCUGUGAGUCAGAACCAGGAGCCGUCAGAAAAUCCGGGUCAGGCUGUAAAUCCAAUUAAACUGAAGAACUCGAAGAAUUCAAUGAAUGAUAUUAAUAAUGAUAUUGAUAAUGAUGUUAAUAAUGAUAUUGAUAAUGAUGUUAAUAAUCAUAUUGAUAAUGAUGUUGAUAAUCAUAUUGAUAAUGAUAUUAAUAAUCAUAUUGAUAAUGAUGUUGAUAAUCAUAUUGAUAAUGAUAUUAAUAAUCAUAUUGAUAAUGAUGUUAAUAAUGAUAUUGAUAAUGAUGUUAAUGAUCAUAUUGAUAAUGAUAUUAAUAAUCAUAUUGAUAAUGAUGUUGAUAAUCAUAUUGAUAAUGAUAUUAAUAAUCAUAUUGAUAAUGAUGUUGAUAAUCAUAUUGAUAAUGAUGUUGAUAAUCAUAUUGAUAAUGAUGUUAAUAAUCAUAUUGAUAAUGAUGUUGAUAAUCAUAUUGAUAAUGAUGUUGAUAAUCAUAUUGAUAAUGAUGUUGAUAGUGAUAUUGAUAAUCAUAUUGAUAAUCAUAUUGAUAAUCAUAUUGAUAAUCAUAUUGAUAAUGAUAUUGAUAAUGAUGUUGAUGAUGAUAUGGUUAUUAAUAUCAUUGAUGGUGGUCCAGGAGGUCAGACUGUCAGAGAUGACCAUCAGAGGUGGUCACCUCUCUCACCUGUUUACCUCACAGGUGAGCUGAGGUCAGACUCAGGGUUCAGGUGAAGCUUUGGGGUGUCAGGCAGACCAGAACCGGACCUGGACUGGGUUCAGUGUGUCAGUGGGACUGUGAGGAUCUUCAGAGUUCUGACACUUCAGGGUCUCUGCAGGAAACCGGUUUCACUCACAGUGUGUGUGUGUGUGUGUUUGCGCGCACGUGUGUGUAUGUGUCAUAAUAAAGUCUCUCGGGUUUAUUCUGACGGUUUGGAUCACCUGAUCCAGGUCACACCCACCUGUUGGUUCUGACAGGUUCACACAUGUUCACAGAAAAACUGUCGCUCUAUCAGACUCGCUCUCCUCCUCUGCUUCAGUCUCCUCACUGUGCUCCUCCUCCUCCUCCUCCUCCUCCUCCUCCUCUUUGUUGAAGUUUCUCAUUUAUAUAUAAAUUAAUAUUCUCUGUUGUGUUUUUCCCAAAUAUUCUUGUUGUUUUUCCUGAUCUUGUUUUGGAUGAAAUCGUCUGUUUUGUGACGCUGGAACAUCGUUUUGUUUCCUGACUGUUUUCUGCUCUCAGUCAGUCUUAAUUUGAUGGUCUAGGAUACCGGUCUCUCCUGGUGACUCCCCCUGUCGUCACUCUCCUCUCCCUCUCUCUCUCUCUCUCCCUCUCUCUCUCUCUCUCUCUCUCUCAUAGCGAACAUUUUUCAUGGAUGAUCUGAACGUUAGCAGAAACUGAGCUGCAGAUUUCUCCUCAGGCUGUAGGAACAGAGCUUCAGUCUCACACACACACACACACACACACACACACAGGAACCCCGCUGACGCUGCAGUAAAUCAUGUCCUGUAACCACAGUGUAAAUAUAUAUCAUCACCUGAAUCACGUUAGUUCACCUCAACAGCGGAGGGGAAUUCCAGAGAGCUCCGCCUCCAUGUCAGGAGUUUAUCUCUGAGUCACAGACAAACACCAUAAACUUCAUUUGGUUUGUUUAUCCCGGUGUGUCCUCAGCUCCACUUUGGUGGACCCAGGAGAGCCCACUUCACAGAGAACCAGGUUCUAAGUCCAUGUGGUGAUUCCCACUCCAGAGUUAUCGUCAGAGUUAUCGACAUCGAGCUUCAUCGGUUGAUCUCAUGUUUGAUUCAGUCAGGACGUCCUCUCUCUCUCUCUCUCUCUCCCUCUCUCUCUCUCUCUAUCCCUCUCUCUCUCCCUCUCUCUCCCUCUCUCUCUCUCUCUCUCUCUCUCUCUCUCUCUCUCUCUCUCUCUCUGGUUCUGAGAUGGUUCUGUUUCCUCUGGUUCUGGUUUGAUCAGCUGUUCUCUCCUCUCCUGGCUGCAGCAGGUUCUGGUCUCUCUUCAUAAACCGUCUAAGACUCUCCGUUUAUUCCUGCUGCUUUCAUUUGUCCUGUAAAAAGAACCGAACAGACUCUUCGGGUCGGCGUUUAGAGUCCGACUCAGAGACCCGGUCGCUCUCCAAGUCUGCUCUCCGUCCUCUCUCCUCGAUUCCUCACGCUCUUCCUUGUUUCCUUCUUCUUCCUCAGGGUUGGAGAGCGGCGGCGUGACUCUGAAGGAGCCGGCGUCCGAGGGUGAGAUCGAGAGCUCUGCGCCCGUAACGCUGCGCUGUCACAUUGAUGGACACCCACGGUGAGGCUCCGCCCCCUCCUCUGGUCACUUCUUCUCUCACUUUAUCGUCUUUUUAAUCCUCGUCCUCUUUAACCCCUCCCCCCUCAGGCCGACCUGUCAGUGGUUUAAGGACGGCGUGAAGCUGACAGAGAAGAGCCAUCAGAUCAACAACAAAGAGCGGACGCUCGCCAUCAAGAGCGCCAGCCCGGACGAUAACGGUCUGUACUACUGCUGCGCCAAGAACGCCGCCGGACACGUCUGCAGCAACAGCAACUUCACCCUCAACAUCAUAGGUGUGUGUGUGUGUGUGUGUGUGUGGGGAGGUUCACUCAGUCCUCACUCAGGAGGUUCAGGAGGAGGUUCAGACCUUAUUAAGCCUGUGAGGUGUUGACACACUCACUCACCUCCACCUGUCAUCUGUUGACUCCGCCCCCCACGCCGCUGUUUCCAGGUUUUAAUAAUCCUGAUGUGAUCUCCGUGUUUUUCUCUCUCUGACAGAUAAGAGUUUCCCCAGACCGGUGGUCACUCCAGAGGACCAGGUGGUUCUGAAGAACGAGGAGGCGGUCUUUCACUGCCAGUUCACCGCCGUCCCCGCCCCCACGCUGGAGUGGUACCAUGAAACCGAGCCUGUGGUCAACAAGACUCGGUACGUGUCUCCUCUCUGACCUCUGACCCUGCUUCACUUUUAGACUAAAGCCAGGUCUAUAUAAGGACAAAUCUUAAGUCAGGUCUAAAUAUGUCGAAUAAACUUAAGUCAGGUCUAUAUGUAGAACAAACUUAAGUCAGGUCUAUAUGUAGAACAAACUUAAGUCAGGUCUAAAUAUGUCGAAUAAACUUAAGUCAGGUCUAUAUAUAGAACAAUCUUAAGUCAGGUCUAAAUAUGUCGAAUAAACUUAAGUCAGGUCUAUAUGUAGAACAAACUUAAGUCAGGUCUAAAUAUGUAGAACAAACUUAAGUCAGGUCUAAAUAUGUCGAAUAAACUUAAGUCAGGUCUAUAUGUAGAACAAACUUAAGUCAGGUCUAUAUGUAGAACAAACUUAAGUCAGGUCUAAAUAUGUAGAACAAUCUUAAAUCAGGUCUAAAUAUGUCGAAUAAACUUAAGUCAGGUCUAAAUAUGUCGAAUAAACUUAAGUCAGGUCUAUAUGUAGAACAAACUUAAGUCAGGUCUAAAUAUGUCGAAUAAACUUAAGUCAGGUCUAAAUGUAGAACAAACUUAAGUCAGGUCUAAAUAUGUUGAAUAAUCUUAGGCCAGGUCUAUGUAUGUAGUAUAGAUUAAAUGAACUCACUAAGGAGGUCAGGUCGGGUUCUGGUUCGGUCAGUUGGCUCUGUGUCUCUGAUUGGACUGGAUCCUCUUAGGUCAGACUCUCAGAUCCACAGUGAAACUGUUUUUGUGCAUUAAGACCCUUUGACCAUGAAAACACAGAGACACUCUGUUUUUAUUAUUAUUUAUCCUUUAUGCUGAUUUCUGUCCCACGUCUCUGUCUCCGUCUCCUCAGAGUCUUCCUGAUGUCCAACGGCUCCCUGCUCAUCACGCAGGUCAAACCCAGGAACACAGGUACAUACAGGUGUGUCGGCCAGGGCGUCAGCGGAGCGCGAGUCACGCUAGAAGCCUCCCUCCUCAUCGCAGGUACACACACUCACACACAUUUGUGACCCUGACUCUUCUUCUCUCACGUCGUCCUCGUUCUGUUUCGUCCUUCAACUAAAAAUCUUUGACAAUAAUCUGAAAAUCAGCUGAUGUUUGUUUAUAUAUGAGGGACAUUUCAGAUUUAGACCACAGGUCAAUAUAAUGACAGGGGUGUGCUCAAAAACAUUAAACAGGUCUAUAUAUGAAGAAUAAACUUAGGUCAGGUCUAUAUAUGAAGAAUAAACUUAGGUCCUGGGUCUGAUAUAAAGAUUAAACUAAAGUCAGGUCUAUAUAUGAAGAAUAAACUUAAGUCAGGUCUAUAUAUGAAGAAUAAACUUAGGUCAGGUCUAUAUAUGAAGAAUAAACUUAGGUCAGGUCUAUAUAUGAAGAAUAAACUUAGGUCAGGUCUAUAUAUGAAGAAUAAACUUAAGUCAGGUCUAUAUAUGAAGAAUAAACUUAAGUCAGGUCUAUAUAUGAAGAAUAAACUUAGGUCAGGUCUAUAUAUAAAGAUUAAACUAAAGUCAGGUCUAUAUAUAUGAAAUAAUCUUAAAUCAAGUCCAUAUGUAGACUAAUCUUCAGUCAGGUCUGUGGUCUCGGUCAGUGUCUCGGUGUCCGGAUGUUCUCCGGUCUCCCUCUCGGGUCCUUCACCCUCAGGUUCAGGAUUAAGCAGAUCCUUCUGCAGCUUAGACCCAGUGAACCUCUGCUCCAUUAAAAACUGUAAUUCACUUAAUCUCAGGCUAAUCCCUGCAGAUUACAAAGGAUUAAAUAUCAAUAUUCAAACUGCACUUCAAACUAAAACUACUUCCUGUCCUUCAUCUGCUGAGAGACACGGAUCGAUUCAGACCCUGAACUGGAGCAGGUCUCUGAGUCAGACUUCACUGAGAUGUUGGCCCCUGACCCCUGACCCCCGUCUCCCCCGUCUCUCUCUCUCAACCCCCCAGAUAUCGAGGACAUGGUCCCAAAUAUGGCGAAGGUUUUCGCGGCGGACACUCUUCAGCGGGUGGCGUGCCGGCCUCCUCGCGGCAGACCUGAUCCUGAUGUUUGGUGGGAAAGAGGAGGUCUGCGGGUCCCCACGGAGGGCCGGGUCUUCCAAGAUGGUCUGGAUCUGGUCUUCAGUCCCACAGAGGGCGGAGACUCGGGCACCUACACCUGUGUGGCCCAGAACAAGGCGGGACGUAGGACCCAGGAGGUCACCUUCACCGUGGCCAGUGAGUCUGAUUUAACGCCGUCUGAACCCAGACCCCCAGACCCCCUAACCCAGACUUCAUGGAGGGUCUGUCCUGGAGACCUCCUCCAGUUCUAGACCUUUAUUCAGACCCCCCAGUCUGGUUUUUCUAAAGUCUCUCUCCUCUCAUGGCGUCUCCUCAGCGGCUCCGGUCUGGGUGGUCCGGCCCCAGGACAGCCUGUUGGAGGAGGGAAGACCAGGAUACCUUCACUGUCACACCCAGGCCAACCCAGAACCAGAGGUCACCUGGUACCGCAACAGCAUGGAGGUCACAUCAGAGGUCAGAUAUGAGACUCUCAGAGUCCUUUUGAAACGGUCCUCAGUACAGGGUCUACAGAAAAACCGGGUCUACAGAACCAGGUCUGAAACACACACAGUUACUGAUGUCUGUCUAAUAGACUUUACAGAGGAACCUUCCUGGGUGGUAUGUUCUCAGAUGUUCUCAGAUAUUCUCAGAUGUUCCUCAGAUGUUCUCAGAUGUUCCUCAGAUGUUCUCAGAUAUUCUCAGAUGUUCCUCAGAUGUUCCUCAGAUGUUCUCAGAUGUUCUCAGAUGUUCUCUCAUGUCUCUGCAGGACUCUCGUUUUAAGAUGUUUCCUAACGGGACUCUAAGGAUCAAUAACGUGGAGGUCUAUGACGGACAGGUCUACAGCUGUGAGGCUCAGACUGCGGCGGGGAGACUGUCCGGACAGGCGAGGGUUACCGUCCUGGGUAAGAGAACCUCUUAUGGUCCUUCAUGUGAGAAGUUCCUCUUGGGUUUGAGUUCAGGGUUCAGGGACCAGCUCAUGGAUGUAUCUUCUCCACUGAAACGGACCCUCAUGGACUCUGAAGUCCAGACUCUUUUUAGACCCUGGAUCUGGGUCCGUUUCAGUUCUUGAACUUCUGUGAAGCUUCAGAGAGAGAGGAUUUAAAACCAGACUGAAGAUUUACUGCCUGUUUCUUUACUCGUGUCCUGCUCCUGUUCUGCCUGUUUUCUGACUGUUUUACCGACUGUUUUCUGACUGUCUGCUCUCGGCCUCCUCUCUCUCUCUCUCAGCUGUUUUUCUGACUGUUUUACUGACUGUUUCUCUGCCUGUUCUCUGACUAUUUUUCUGACUGUUUUUCUGACCGUCAGCCCUUCUCCUCAUCUGUUUUCUGACUGUUUCACUGAAUGUUUUACUGACUGUUUCUCCGCCUGUUCUCUGACUGUUUACCGAUUGUUUCCUGACUGAUUUUCUGCCUGUUUUUCUGACCGUCAGCCCUUCUCCUCAGCUGUUUACCGCUGUUUUCUGACUGUUUCACUGACUGUUUUUCUGCCUGUUCUCUGACCUGUUUACCGAUUGUUUCCUGACUGUUUUUCUGCCUGUUUUUCUGACCGUCAGCCCUUCUCCUCAGCUGUUUUCUGACUGUUUCACUGACUGUUUUACUGACUGUUUCUCUGCCUGUUCUCUGACUGUUUCACUGACUGUUUUCUGACUGUUUUACUGACUGUUCUCUGACUGUUUCACUGACUGUUUUACUGACUGUUUCUCUGCCUGUUCUCUGACUGUUUACCGAUUGUUUCCUGACUGUUUUUCUGCCUGUUUUCCUGACCGUCAGCCCUUCUCCUCAGCUGUUUUCUCAUGCUCUCUGUCUUUUUCUCGGACGUGUCUGGACUCGCCGCCUCGGCUGAAUCUCGGCUGUUUUUUUCACUUUCAGAGAAGCUCAAGUUCACGCCGACCCCUCAGCCCGCUCAGUGCCUUGAACUCGACAACCAGAUCACCAUCCAGUGUUCGGCUAAAGGUCGCGAGCCGCCCGCCGUCCGCUGGACCAAAGCAGGUCAGAGAGAGAGUUCGAUGAAGGUUUCUGUUUGAUUUUCUUCUAACAGGUCAGAGUUUGGAUUUAAAGCAGAACGAGUCGAAACUCUUCUUAGAAUUAUUAUUCUUUUUGUAUUUUUAUCUUAAAUUUAUUUUGAAGCUUCAGAGUUCAGAUCACCACAGAAACAGUCAGACAACAGUCUGUUCAGCGUCUGUCUCUUUAGACCCUCAGAGGUUUAGGACAGUGAGAGCUGGGAAGUUAACAAACACCAGAACCUCCUGAAAGUACAGGAACGCUGUCAGGAACCUCAGUUCAGUCACUCACCCGUGUCUCUCCCCUCACUCACCCGUGUCUCUCUGUUUCAGACGGGGGAGAGCUGCCGCCCCAUGUGGAGCAGAGGAACGGUCAGCUUCAUUUCACCAAAGUGACGCGCAGCGACGCCGGGAACUACACCUGCAUCGCCUCCAACAGCCUGCAGGGGGAGAUCCGAGCGCUGGUGGCCCUCAAUGUGGCAGGUAAACACUGACCUGAGUCACCUGAGAGGGGGACGAUUCCAGACUGAAGGGUUCAGAGUCAGAAAACAUUUAGUCAGAGUCUCCUGCUGUGAUUUCAUGUCCUCUCAUCGUCCUCUCAUCGUGUCCCUCUCCUGUGGUUUCAUGUUCUCUCAUUGUUUUUGCGUUUUUACGUGAAUCGAUCAGACGUCCUCGGGUCAAACCGAGUUCUCAGAUCUGCAGGAAGAAUCUUCUCAUUUCAUCUCUGAGGUUUCUCUAAUGAAAUGAGAGCGACUGAGAGUUUAACCACCGGACCAGAGAAACGAGGGGGAGGGAGGGAGACGAGUGUGGGAGUAAUGACUGUGUGUGUGUGUGUGUGUGUGUGUGUGUGUGUGUGUGUCCAGUGUAUAUCCGCUUUAAGGUGGAGCCGGAGAACACCACCGUGUAUCAGGGUCACACCGCCGUUCUUCACUGUCAGGCCUCUGGAGACCCUGAACCGCACAUCCACUGGAUGGUCAAAGACCGAGCGCUGGACGCCAGCAGGAACCCCAGGUACGGAUCAGAGCAACGCCACCGACAAUACAUUUAUAAUAAAGGAACAAUAAUAAUAACAAUAAUAAAAACAGUAAAAUUAUAAUAAGAAACUGUAAAUAUUUAAUUAUAAACACAGUUAAUUUAAAUAAUAAAAACAGUAAAUUUAUAAUAAAAAACUGUUAAUAUUUAAUUAUAAACACAGUUAAUUUAUAAUAAUAAAAACAGUAAAUUUAUAAUAAAAAACAGUCAAUAUUUAAUUAUAAACACAGUUAAUUUAUAAUAAUAAAAAUAGUAAAUUUAUAACAGUAAAAAAACUGAAAUAUUUAAUUAUAAAAAGUUUUUUAAUAAUAAAAACAGAAAAUGUAUAAAAAUAAAAACAUUAAAUAUAUAAUUUGAAACAGUUUAUUUUAUGAUAAUAAUACAAACAUUAAAUAUUUCAUUAUAAACAGUUAAUCUGUAAUUAUAAAAAUGUUACAUAUAUGAUUACAAACUCAGUUAAUUUUUUAAUAAUUAAAACAUUAAAUAUUUAAUUCUGAAAACAGUCAAUGUAAUUUUAAACACAGUUAAUCUGUAAUAAUACAAACAUUAAAUAUAUUAUUUUAAACAGUUCGUAUGUAAUUAUAAAAAUCAGUAAAUAUUUAAUUUCAAAACUAUUUAAUCUGAGAUGAAUGAAAAAAUCUCUUUGUUGGUUUAUGUGAUCAUAUAUUUACGGAGUUACAGUGAAGAAGGGACCUCUAAAUAUUAACCCCCCCUCAGGAUCCAGAAGAUGGCGAACGGCUCCCUGCUGAUCAGAGACGUCACCUCAGAAGACACGGGCAGGUACACCUGUGUGGCAGGAAACAGCUGCAGCAUCAGAGACCGAGUCGCCAAACUCUUCGUCGUGGGUGAGUGAUCAGACGCACACACACACACACACACACACACACACACACACAGGACGCUGAAGUUCACCUCUUUUUUCCCCCCCUCAGAUAAACCGAAUCACGCCAUGGACGAGAGCGAGGAGAAAGCUCCGUACAAGAUGAUCCAGACCAUCGGACUCUCCGUUGGCGCCGCCGUCGCUUACAUCAUCGUGGUUCUGGGACUGAUGUUCUACUGCAAGAAGAGACGAAACGCCAAGAGACAGCAGAAAGGACAGGAAGGGGAGGAGCCUGAGAUGGAGUGUCUGAACGGUACGAAGGUUUGAGGAGAAGGAGAGGGAGGACAGGGGGAAGAGGAGGAGGAGAGGAGGGGAGGAGGAGGGGGAUAGAGUGAGGAGGAGAUGAGGAGGGGGCUAGAGUGAGGAGGAGGAGGAGCCUGAGUGCCUGAACGAUAUUUUAGAAAAAAUUUUUUGCUAAAAAAGUUUUUUUUUUUCCUAAAUCUGAAAAUUUUUGAAGAUUUUUUUCGUUUUUUGGUCCAAAACGUCCUUCAGGGUCUUUGAAUCUUCAGACUAAAGAGUCUCUGGAUCUCCUCAGUCCUGGUCCGCUCAUGCUUGUUGAGAAGUGGACGUUGAGCUGCUGCUGCCCUCUAGUGUCUGUUUUUGGUACUGCAGCUGUGUUCUACUGCUGCCUUCUAGUGUCUGUAUUUGGUACUGCAGCUGUGUUCUCCUUUAGUUCCUCAGAGACUGAAGAUCCUCCUCACAGGUCGGACCAUCACAAACAUCUCCAGAACCUCCAGCUGGUUCUUCAGGAACUCGAAUUUUUAUAAACAAAGAACAGAGGAGACAGACCCACUUCAGGGUCUCCUGAUGAUCUUAACCAUAUCUGUUACCAUGGAGACUGUGUCUGUCUGUGACCUUUGACCCUGUGGGUGUGUCUCCUGUCCACCAGGGGGAGCCGUCCAGCAGAACGGUCACACCACCACUGAGAUCCAGGAGGAGGUGGCGCUCACAAACAUGGGUACCAUGGCAACCACUGAGAAACGCCACAGUCACGUCAACAACGACAAGCUGCACUUCCCCCGCGCCGACCUGCAGACCAUCACCACCCUGGGUAUGACAUCAUCCAUCCACUGCUCCCUGAUUGGCCGAUCGCUGUGCUCCUCGUGGUAACGUGUGUGUGUGUGUGUGUGUGUGUGUGUUCAGGUAAAGGUGAGUUCGGAGAGGUGCUGCUGUGUAAGGCGAAAGGUUUGGAGGGUGGCGAGGACGAGACGGUGGUUCUGGUCAAGAGUCUUCAGAGCAGAGACGAACAGCUGCAGCUCGACUUUCGCCGCGAGGCCGAGAUGUUCGCCAAACUCAACCACCAGAACGUGGUCCGCCUGCUGGGUCUGUGCCGGGAGGCGGAGCCACACUACACCAUCCUGGAGUACUACGACCUGGUAACACACACACACACACACACACACACACGCACACACACACAUCCAGAGUGUUUCUGAUUGGUUCUGAUCCUCGUCCCUUUCGUCCUCAGGGUGACCUCAAACAGUUCCUGAGAAUCUCCAAAAGCAAAGACGACAAGAACAAAUCUCAGCCAAUCAGCACCAAGACCAAAGUAAGAGUCAUGUGACCAACAGGUCAACCUGCAAAAACAUCCAUCCAUGCAAACACUCAGUCCGUUUCCAUGACACUCGAGAAAACCGAAUUAUCGCCUUAUUCCGAUUAAGAUCAGACAACUGAAGUCCAUGUAAACACCUUAGUCCGACUAUAAUCUGAGUUUGAGAACUCAGAUUAAGACACCCAGAUUAACCAGCUGAGAACACUUUCUAUAGAUUAACUGUAGUGGAGUCGCCCCCUGCUGGUCAUGAUGUAGAACAUCAACCUUUGUUCUGUGUCUCCGCAGGUUUCGAUCUGUGCCCAGGUGGCUCAUGGGAUGGAGCACCUGUCCAAUCAUCGCUUCGUUCACAAAGACCUCGCCGCCAGGAACUGUCUGAUCAACAGUCAGAGGCGUGUGAAGGUGUCGUCACUCAGCCUGAGCAAGGACGUCUACAACAGGUCUGGAUUAAAUUAACCUCGUUAACAGGUCUGGAUUAAAUUAACCUCGUUAAAAGGUCUGGAUUAAAUUAACCUCGUUAACAGGUCUGGAUUAAAUUAACCUCGUUAACAGGUCUGGAUUAAAUUAACCUCAUUAACAGGUCUGGAUUAAAUUAACCUCAUUAACAGGUCUGGAUUAAGUUAACCUCGUUAACAGGUCUGGAUUAAAUUAACCUUUUUAACAGGUCUGGAUUAAGUUAACCUCGCUAACAGGUCUGGAUUAAAUUAACCUCAUUAACAGGUCUGGAUUAAAUUAACCUCAUUAACAGGUCUGGAUUAAGUUAACCUCAUUAACAGGUCUGGAUUACGUUAACCUCGCUAACCAUUAACCGCGCUUGAUGAAGUGGUAAUCUCCUGAGAUUCUGCUCCUCCGGCUGACCUCUCUCUCUCUCUCUCUCUCUCUCUCUCUCCCCACACACACACACACACACACACACACACACACACAGUGAGUACUUCCAUUACCGUCAGGCGUGGAUCCCGCUGCGUUGGCUCCCCUCUGAGUCCGUGUUCGAGGACGACUUCUCCACCAAGUCGGACGUCUGGGCCUUCGGCGUUCUGAUGUGGGAGGUCUUCAGCCACGGAGAAAUGCCACACGCCAAAAUGAGCGAUGACGAGGUGCUGGAAGGUCAGUACGAAGGUUUGGCUUUGAAUCCUCAGUCAGAACCCGUGAAGAAGAAGAAGAAGAAGAAGAAGAAGGUCGAUAAAAUAAAAUAAAUAAAAGCAUAAAAGGAAUAAAAAUGAGUUUUAAGACGUGAUUCAAAAGGAGAAAGAGUCGGAGAUGUUUUCAUCUCGACAGUUUGGGCGCCACAGCCGAGAAAGUUCAGUCGCCACGGGAUUUUAAACGAGUUUUAGGGACGAGGAGUUUGAGCUGAUCAGCUGAUAUCAGGGAACAUUGAAGAGGUCAGAGAUGAACUGUGGUUCUGAUCCGUUUAAAGAUUUAAAAACUAACAAGAACUUUGUUUGGUCGACGUAAACAGAGUAACAGUCGACCAACCAAAGUGAAUGACUCGCUCAAAAUCAUGAUCAGACCGAUUUAAUCUGGGAUUAAAGCCUCUGGAUUAACAACAGAGUUAAUUUAUUGAUUUAAAAUUAUUGUCAAAAUAUCACAACAGAGUCCAGACAGCAGAGAAGAUCUGACCCGGACCUUCUUACAGACCACCUCCAGACCCUCACCCUGUCCUCCCUCUGUGUCUCUGCAGGUCUCCAGGGCGGGACGCUGAAGCUCCCUCCUCCUGACGGAUGUCCCUCAAAGAUCUAUAAGCUGAUGUCUCGUUGUUGGUCCCUCAGCCUGAAGGAGCGGCCCUCCUUCACCGACAUCGUCCAGGCGCUGGGAGAGCCGCCGUCUGACAGCAAAGUCUGA